AUGAUACCUCGUUACGCUCUCAAAACCCUAGCUGCUUUUAAAACAAAUGGCAUCAGAACAACUAACUUAAGACUAAAAAAUAUUUCUCGAUUAAUUAACUCACAAAAUACGAUCAUCUAUCCAAGUAGUCGUUUUUUCUCUAACCUUCCAGAUGAGAUAAAACCUAAUGAAAGUAAGCCAGUUGCUAUAUCCUUUGACUAUAUUCGAAAAAAUUAUAUUGAAAAUCUUAACACGGAAUUAUUGGAAGAUUUUUCAAAAUGGCUUGAUGGUAUUGGGCUAGGGAAGCACGCACCUAAAUUCGAAGGUAAAAGUUGGAAAAGAAUCAUUCAUAUGAGAUAUGAAGAUAUGGAAGAUAUAGGUAUAGAUAGUGCAUAUGAUAGACAUACUUUAAGAAGGUAUCUCAAUUAUGCUCGAAAAGCACUGGAAAAUGGAGGUGUAUCUCCAAUUAAUUUUGAACUAUUAAAAGAUUUCCCUGCUUGGCUGGAGAGUGUUGGAUUUGGAAAUUACGCACCCAAUUUUGCAAAUAGACAAUACCAAGAAAUCAUAGAAAUGAUGUAUGAAGAUCUUGAAGCUUUAGGUAUUAGGAACAAAGGCGAUAGACAUGCCUUAAGAAGAUAUUUUGAUGAUAUCCGAGCUGCAUUGGCUGAUAAGAGAAGAAUUGAAGGAGACAUUAUCCCGCCACCUGAUUAUGCAUUAUUAGAAAAUAUUCCUGCCUGGUUUGAAAGCAUCGGAAUGAAAUCUUUAGUACCACUUUUUCUUGGUAAAAGAUGGCAAGACAUUGUUGAGAUGAAUCACGACGACCUAAUCAAAUUGGGCAUCGGGAACAAAAACUUGAGAUACUCAUUGAUGAGGAAUUUCUGGUUCGUCAAACGUUGUGUGGCUAAGGAUACAGGACAAGAAAUACCGCCAUUUAGCAUCAAGGUCAUAAAAGAAAGAGGGACACAACCAAAUUAUAAAAGAUCAAACAUGAAUUUGUAA